GGAGAGGAGAAAGAAGGGAAAGGAAAGAAAGAAAGGAGAGCAGAGGAGGCGGGCCGAAGGAGGCAGCACCAGCACCAGCACCAGCAGCACCAGCAGCAGCAGCAACGACACAGGAGCCUUUGAAAGAGGCGGCAUCCCCUGGGCUGGGGUCAGGCCAGGUCGCCAGCCACCCAGUUAGUGGCCAGCAGCAUGAGUGGCUCCGUGCUCCUGAGGAAGAAUUCUAGCAGACGGGGCCUGGAGCAGCUCCUGAGGCUCACCACCCAGUGGAGUGUGGAGGAUGAAGAAGAAGUGGCCCGGGAGCGGCGCCGGCGGGAACGAGACAGGCAACUGCAAGCCCAAGACCAGUAUGAAGAUGGCCAGUCCCCAAACUGGCCAGAGCAGGAGGCGCUCCUGAAGCCCUCAGAGACCCCUGAACUGGAUGAAGACGAGGGCUUUGGUGAUUGGUCACAAAAGCCUGAACAACAGCAGCAACCUUGGGGGACCAAAGGGUCUGCGGACAGCAGCAACCCUCCUUGGGGCAAGUGCCCAGAGAGGGAGCAAGAGGAGGACAGUAGGUCCUGCCAGUGUCCCUGUGAAAAUGACAACAAUGGUGGUGAACUUCAUCAUACAAAAGCCCACCUGGAGGGACUGUGUCUGGACCAGGAGGGACAGGGCCCAGAGGAGGAAGCAGUCCAGGACCACCUGGGGGCUACAGAAACUGGAGAGGCAGAGGAGGAGAAGGAGGAGGAAAUGGAGGAGGAGAAGGAGGGGGAGGAGCACCAGAAAUUUCUACCUCCCAGAAUCCCCAGCCCCCUGAUCUUAGAGGGGACCACCGAACUGCGCUCACCUCCCCUGAGCCCCACCACCAAACUCGCUGACAGGACAGAGUCCCUGAACCGCUCGAUAGAGAAGAGUAACAGCGUGAAGAAGUCCCAGCCGGCACUGCCCAUCUCCAAGAUUGACGAGAGGCUGGAACAGUACACUCAGGCCAUUGAGUCUGCUGGCCGAACCCCCAAGCUAUCCCGCCAGCCUUCCAUAGAACUGCCCAGUAUGGCUGUGGCUGAUACCAAGAGUCGAUGGGAGACUGGUGAGGUGCAGAGUCAGUCUGCUACCAGGACUCCCUCCUGCAAGGAUAUUGUUGCUGGAGACCUGAGCAAGAAGAGCCUCUGGGAGAAGAAAGGAGAUUCUAAGACAUCCUCGACAGUCAAGAGCACCCCAUCUGGGAAGAGAUACAAGUUUGUGGCCACUGGCCAUGGGAAGUACGAGAAGGUGCUUUUGGAUGAGGGUUCGGCGCCUUAGGCCACACAUUUUGGUACAGGCUAGCAGUAUCCUCUACUCUUCCAGGGGAGACUCCAGCCAGAUGCCACUGUGGCCUCCAGCCUUGGCUAAGAAAUUGCUUCUGAUCACCAGCAUGGCCUGCUCCUCCCCACUCCACCCCCACCGCUGCCCCAAUACUCCUGCUACCUCCACCACCUCCUUUUGUUCCUGGACCCUCCAGCCUCUAGGCUUUCCUACUCUGAUACCCCAGCUCUGUCCCUCAACUGGGGAAGGAAAAGAACUCCUGACCUUGGCUAAAGAGGCUGCUUCUUAGAGCAAUCAAAAGCCCCUAUGGAAGGCCAGAGACUGAGGCCCAGUCUGUUCAGAGGGCUAAUUACCACACCAGACCUAAGGGACGCCUAAGGCCAUGCUGUAUGCUCAGGAUUCUUAAUCUUUCUUGCUCCCUGCUUACAAGACCUCACCCCAUUUUGUGCAAUAAAAUGUCUCAAGAGUC